AUGAAUUUAUCUCGUCGUUCGUUACGUUGGCUUCAAAUAAUUCUGACACUUUUCUAUGGUCAAAUUAUUUCAACUGGUAUAUUUGAAUAUCUGAUUCAAGGUAUUUGUGGUUUAAUAUUACAUAUUCGACCAAUAUAUGAUUCAAUAAUUCUUAUUAUUCUUGGUCUAUUUAUGUUUAUAUUUGUUCUAUAUGCAAUAUUUGCUUUAUGGUUUUGUCGUUUGAAAAUGUUUACUAUAUCUUUAUUGAUAUUAAUUGCAAUAUUUAUAUUAACAUUGGUGAGAAGUAUUUUUGAAAUUCAUAAUAUUGGAAAAUAUUCAAUACGUAUAGAAUGGGCUUCUAUACGAAUAACAGAACUUGUAUUAAAAGUGUUUGGCAUUGUAGUUAGUGUACUUUUUAUUGUUUGCCUUAGACAAGGUUAUAAACCAGAACAUUUUUAA